GCCCUGAUUUUUAUCUCCACUUAAUCAGCUGUUCGUAGGAGAAUUUUCACUAUUGCAUCGCGUCUUGACCAAACAAAAUCGUACUAUUUCUACUUGUUUCAUACGAGCUCCUACCAAAAUUGUAUUUAACCAACGGAUGAUUAGCGAUGAAGUCAUCCUGUCAGCUUUAAACACUAUGGACAAAUCGAAAGUAAAUGCUGGCGAGAACCGGAAUUCGAGCAAGGACAUGGAAUUGGAGAAGAAAUUGCGCGGAAAUUCUUGGAAGGAGGGCUUGCCCAAUAAGAGGACGAACAAGUCGGCGGAACUCUCAAAAAGGUAUGCCCGUAGGAAUGUGGGAACUCAGACGCCGGAGGGUGAUUGGGACAUUGCCGAAGUGGAAGAGCAGCAGGAGGAUCGGUCUGUUUCGGGGGACCACUGCCCACUCUCCAUUUCCCCCAUUUCCCCCAUUUCGCUAACAGGAAAGCAUCGGCUGGCCGUCUUGUCACAUCUGAGCCUCAUCAACGCACAGUUGAAAAACUUGCUCCGUAAGGUGAGCCAUUCCAUUGCGCAGUCGCAGGGCCAUCGCCGGUCCAAGCCGCCCGUGGUCGUGUCCACUUUGAUCCGCUCCAGGCGGCCACCCAAGCUGAAGCUCCAAGAUGUGAGGAAAGUGAUCGCGGGCACGGCGCGCCAUCGCUUGCGCCAGAUCGUCGAAUUUACUAUCUAUGACAUCUGAGAAAACUACUAUGUUGAUUUUGUGGCCAUAUUUUUGUGCUGAUAUUGCGACCCAAAUCAUGGGAGUUGCAUACAAUAUUUCCG